AUGACCUGGCGGCGCUCCCCCACCUUCCGCAUCGCGUGCAAAUCGGCGACGCGCCACUGGAGCGUCAACAUCCUCGGACCGCGUGCGGACACGGUCAAGACAGCCACGUCUGGCCCGCUACUAGACGACAAGAAUGUAGAGUAUAUCCCCACGUUCGACCAGCCGCGCCUGUUCAGGUGGCGCGGAUACUGGAUGGAGGUGAAGAGCAACGCACAUUCGCCUGCAGCGAUGCAGCGGUUCAUGGUCCGCAAUGGCAAUGACCAUGGGUCGGGCUCGAUUACCAUCACUCUCUACACCCGCAAUCUCCGCGUCCUCUCCGAGCUCGUCGAAGCGGCGCGGCAGAGCUACAGCGAGGUCAGCCUCCCGCACGUCAUCAUUCACGUCGCCGAGUCCAUGAAUCCCGACUACCCGUGGAUGAGCACGAAGCGCAAGGUGCGGCGCGCGCUGGAUACGAUCAUCCUGCCGGACGGCCUACUGUCGUCGCUCGUGCGGGAGGUACAGGACUUUAUGGACGAGGAGACGGAGAGGUGGUUCACCUCCGUCGGCAUCCCCUAUAGGCGCGGCAUCCUGCUCCAUGGCCCGCCGGGGACAGGAAAGACGUCCACCAUCUAUGCCUUGGCUGGCGAGUUGAACCUGGAGAUCUACUCAUUGUCCUUGUCCAACAACUUCGUGAACGACUCGUUCUUGCAGCGCGCAGCAUCAUCCGUUCCCAAGCACUCUAUUCUUCUCAUCGAGGACAUCGACUGCGCUUUCUCUCGCGAGGAGCAAGGGUCAUCAGGCACGCAAAACCAAGCGUCACCACCCAUCAUGACGCUGUACGGCAUGGCUGGUUCAGGACAGUCGCAAGUGACGCUCUCCGGCUUGCUGAACGUGAUCGACGGUGUCGGGAGCGAAGAAGGGCGCUUGUUCUUCUGCACGACGAAUCAUAUCGAUCGCCUUGACCCUGCGCUCCUCCGCCCUGGGCGCAUCGACCGCAAGAUCGAGUACGGUUUGUCGACUCGCGCGCAGACUGAAGCCCUCUUCCACCGCUUCUUCCCCGCCACUCGGUUUCCCGAGCUUGCGGACACGCCAGUUGCCGACGAAAAGGCCACAUCGUCAUCCAGUUCCAUGCUGCCUACCUCUGACUCGACUUGUCCCGCCCCUCCGCCACCUGGUUCCCGGCUUGCCUCACUCGCAUCGCGCUUCGCCGCUCUUGUGCCCGAGGCGGAGUUCUCGACGGCGGAGCUGCAGGGCUUCUUGCUGUCGUGCAAGACGGACCCGGAGCGCGCGGCGGCGGACGUGGGCGCCUGGGUGGCAGAGGAGAUGCGCGUGCGGACCGCGAAGAGGCAGCAGGAUAUGCAGAAGAGGCAGCAAAAGGAUAUCCAAGCGAACGCAGCGCAGCAACAGAACGAUAACAGGGCCAUGCAUCAACAGUUCGGGCAGCCCGACUCCCCAGAGUCAUCCUCGGUGUGGCCAAUGCACGGGAUGUUACCGCUCGUUGGCCCGGGUAUAGCCCCAAUGUUUGGCUUCCCACAAAAUAUGGAUCCUUCGACUUUCCAGUUCCCCAGAGGAACGGGUAUCCCCGCGCACAACGGCCAUACCCAUAUGCUACAAGAUGAGGACGACAUUGAAGAGCCAGGAUUGGACGGCAAUGGUUUCACAGCGCCCCCUCCCAUCCCCGCUGUUACUCUUUCCGUCCCAGCCGAAGAUGCAGAGGACACGCCCACCGCGACGUCGCCGCCCUCCCUGCAUGCUCCUGCUCCGAAGGUGAUCCCGAGUGUGAACACGCUGGGAGCGCUGCCUGGCGUGGAACAGGUAGGUCAUGCCGUUGAGCCUCCUCCGUUUCCGUUCGCUGUAGUGCAUCCUCCCAGUACGAUGGCGAAUUUUGAGAGCGGACCUCAUGUGGACUUCCAAUAA